AUGGAGGCAGCUCUGUCCCGUGCCCUGUCUGCGAUAGAUGCUGCCAUAGCGGACCGCAGCAAGGCUGAGGCAGGCUGCAGAGGAUGUGUGCCCUGUCUGUUUCAGGACUGUGGACAGCGAAAAGGUGCCUGUGGUAAGCUUGAAUGCACAAACACUUCAAAACCAGGACUCAAAACUGUGACUCUAAGCUCUGAUGAUGAUAAUGAUGAUAAUUUCAUAGCAUCUUCAGAGACCACCCAAUUGGAGCCGAGCUGUGAGGUGAUCUCUCAUGCUCAGCAGGAAGCUGAUGAAGGUGAGAGGAGCUGGUUGCUAAGUCAGGCCUGUGGUUUCUACAAAUUCCGUUGCUCACCUGCUCAGCUGAACAAAGACUCAUGCAUCAGAAUUAUGGGAGAGAGCUGCAGCGCUCGUGUCUUGCAGUGCAGUCUGCUCAACACCAUGCAAAACCUGGAGCCAGCCACACAGACCACAACUCAAGCUGUGUGUGGGCAGCGCUUGUCCGUCAUGCAAAACUUGACACAGCCUCGCUCUCGUAUCAUGGGAGGGUCUCCGGCCCCUCCGGGCAGCUGGCCAUGGCUGGUGAACCUGCGGCUGGACGGGGCUUUGAUGUGUGGGGGUGUGCUAGUGGACAGCUCUUGGGUUGUUACUGCUGCCCAUUGCUUUGUUGGGAGUCGCAGUGAGAGUUACUGGACGGCUGUGGUGGGGGAGUUUGAUCUCACUAAAACUGACCCCGAUGAACAGGUCAUGAAGGUCAAUCGUAUCAUCACUCAUCCGAAGUUUAACCCAAAAACAUUUAAUAAUGACAUUGCUCUGGUGGAGCUGAGUUCUCCUGUAAUUCUGUCUGAAUGGGUCACACCUGUCUGUUUGCCCUCCGACCUCGAUCCCCCGGGUGGUACACCCUGUUUGGUGGCUGGCUGGGGCUCACUGUAUGAGGAUGGCCCCUCUGCAGAUGUGGUGAUGGAGGCUAAGGUGCCCCUGAUGUCUCAGACCACCUGUCGCAGUGCGCUUGGGAAGGAACUACUCACUAACACAAUGUUCUGCGCUGGGUACCUAUCUGGGGGCAUCGACUCAUGCCAGGGUGAUUCUGGUGGGCCGUUGAUCUUCCAGGACCGUUUAUCGGGACGGUUUCAGCUAUUUGGCAUCACCUCUUGGGGCGAUGGUUGUGGGGAGAAGGGAAAGCCUGGCGUGUAUACACGGGUCACUGCCUUCUCUGACUGGGUCUUGACAGAGAUACAGAAGUCCUUUGGGAGCCGGGAGCCCACGUGUCCUGAGCUGCUAAAGACAACUGAACUGUCUGAGGAACAACAGAUGUCAGAGUUCUGCCACUUUUACACACAGACCUGCUCUUCAGCCACUGACCCGUCUGCCUGCCAACGAUUGGCUCAGGAAAAAUGCCAAAGUCGAUUUAAGAAGUGCCAGUUACGUUCCUUUCUGCAGACACUUUUGGACUUGCUUCAGAGGGCUGAUGACUACAUCAGAGAUAAAGUCGAUCUGAACUUUUUAACUCAGACUCUUCCUCAGCUGGUGGAGAAUGUCUAUAGUUCUACACAUAUAAAACGACAACGUAGAAAUGCACCCACAACAGAGCAGGUAGGCCUGCCAGCAAUAUUCCAGCAAGUGGGCCCCCUGGUGGAUGACUGGGAGAGCUACCUCAGAGGCAUUGCUGAAGAUCUGGAUCAACUGAGAGAACUAAAGAACUCAGAGCAGCUGUCUCAGGAGGAACAACUCUUCACACCGGAUGAUGAAAAGGAAGAAUCCCCUACUCAUCAGCUAGACGGUGCACUCCGCUCCUCCAUUGCUUUUCUGCAUUCCAAACUGGAAUCACUGCGCUUUCCUGUCAUACCAGAGUUGGACCACCAACUGUUUCAGAGGGAUUUCACCACUGGAAAACCACAGGACAACAGUGCACAUUCUGAAGAGCCUGUACUGUCACCUGACAUUUGGACUGCUCUGAUACUUAAAGCUCUCAGAGGAAACACUACAGGAAGUGUCACAGGAGACCCAGUGAUGACAGCAUCUCUUGAGGAUACAUACACGCAUACACAGCCUCUCAAGCUCAGCACCAUGGAUCAUGCAGAGGCACUUCUUGAAAAAAGCUCUCUUUCUACUCCGAUGCCCCUGCUUCCACAGUCACUCUUCAAAAAGCUCCUUCAGAGGAAAAGGAGAGCCCUGUACAAGAGAAGGAUAAGAAGAGCAAAUGACAAAGUUUGCUCAGGAGUAACUGAAUCUGCUCAGCUGGUCAGCACCACCAAAGAGAUGUACAACUGGAUCCUGGCUGUUCCUCCUAACAACCUUAACAUGAUCUUCCAGGAGGUGUUGGUUGAUCUCAACUCUAAGAAUGAACGUGGUUUGUACCAGUCACGGAUCAAGGCCACUGUUGGCGGGCGACCUUUGACCUUUUACAGCUUGGUGGGUUUGGAAAAUGAAGCAUUUUACCGCAGCAUGCCACGCAUCAUUGCGGUUGCCAUCGAUUCUCUCAAAACGUAAAACACACUCACAGACACUUGUAUACAAUGCAGAAAUUGUGCUUAAUGUAUGUGUGUGGGUUUAAAACUG